UUUCAGAUUCCCACUGGGUAUCUAAAAGAAAAAUCCAAUUUUUUAGAUAAAUAUCCGACAAAAUCAGGGUUGUUCCUCUCCGUUGGGGAAGUAUAUAAAUUCGGUUUCGAGGGAAUUCAUGAUAUUUUGGUGAUAUUCUCAUUUCUUGGAAAGGAAUCGAGUCGGUGUUCUUGGUGAGGCUUUGGGGUCUAAUUUCGGGCAGUUUCAAAAUCAAUAUCAAAGCCACUUUCUCCUCUCCCUCUCCUGCUUUUUGUCAAAGCAAAGGCCGAGAAAGGGAAAGGGGAAGAAGAGAAAACUGACCCACCUCGUUCUUAGAGAUUGUUCCUUUGUAACCGUUGUAGGUGAAAAGGGAGAAUCUUUUUGGGCACCGAUUGGCCGAUGUCUGUAAUCAUUAAGAACAGAGGCAUGUGGGUGUUCGUGCUGCUAUAUGUUUAACCCAUCACGAUGAUGAUGUCGUUCGAUCCUUUGACGUUUCUGUCUGCAAUGAAGAUGAUGUUGUUGGCCCCUGGGUUGGAGAUGAAAAGGUCGAAACUUGCUUGAGAAUUGGCUUAGGAUCUGAAGCUUCUUUGGAAAACCUGGGGAGUUGCUUCGCUGCUACGAAAAACAGGUUAAUUGUUGGGCUUCUGGGUUGGAGAGAUUGUUGGGUUUUGGAUUGAAAAGGAAAAUGUCGAAACUUGCUCGAGGAUUGGCUUAGACUUUGAAGUUCCCUGGGAACACCUUGGCUGGGAGCUGCUUCUUGGAAAGAAAAGAGGUCCGUCUACCAUUUAAAUCGAUUGUUCAACUUUCUCGAACGGGUACAAAGAUGGCUGAGGCUACCAUAUGCUCGGGGAUAUCCGGAACUGAUAUUUCUGCUCUCAAACGAGCUCUUUUAGAUCAGCAGCAGCUUCUCCAGAAGCUCCAUGCUGAACUGGAUGUGGAAAGAGAGGCAUCAGCAACAGCAGCAAGCGAAGCCCUUGCGAUGAUUCUCCGCUUGCAGGGAGAAAAGGCCGCAGUGGAGAUGGAAGCUAGCCAAUACAAGAGAAUGGCUGAGGAGAAAAUGUGCCAUGCUGAGCAUUCCCUUGAGAUAUUCGAGGAGCUUAUUUAUCAUAAAGAGAUGGAGAUUGCAUCUCUUGAUUUUCAAGUUCAGGCUUAUCGGUACAAGCUCUUGAGCCUGGGGUGGACUGACGUGGGUUUCAACGAAAACAGAUUUCCUGAGAAUCGUUUCCCUCAUAGGUGUGAUUUAUCAAAUGGGGACAUGGGUUUUGAUCAAAAUCCAAGAAGAAUGAGCUCUCUGCCUGCUAUUUGGUGGACAGAUGCUUAUCAGAAGAAGGGCAUUUUCAAAUCGAACUCAGUUGUUCCACCUUCUGAAGCAGUUCCUAUCAUAGAAGAAUGUUUUGAUUUGGAAACUAGUCCAGAAACCUUUGAUUUGGAUAAGAAAUACAGCAAUUAUUCGACGACUGGGGACUUCGACUCAUAUUGGGAGCAGAUAAGAAAAUUAGAUGAUCGGGUGAAGGAAAUCUCUCAGAGCAAUGGUCAUCCUCGUGAAGACAGGUCCAUUGACUCUUAUUCAUUUAGUUCUUCUACAAAUGUCCCGGUGAACUGCAGUUGUGCUACACGAAGAGAAAGUACAGUUGUUUCUGAUGAGAUCAAGUGUUACCAGAAUGACCCAGAUAAUUCUUCUUGUUCGAAUGUUGUUCAAGAUAUUUUUGAAGUCCCCCAGAAUGAAGAGAGAUAUAAAACUCGUGUAAAGGAGAGGAGCAAGUCCAUCUCUAAGGCCGACUCUGAGACCCUCGGGUCCCAUUCAAAGGAUCAGAGUGAGUGGAUAAAGAAGAUGUUAUCUUCUUUAAACCUCGAGGCUAAGCCCCCUAGACCAAGGGAAAAUAAGAAGGAAAUUGAUUCUGCAGAAUCCCAGUCGGGUCUUCAACAGCUGCACCAGAGAAUUAAGAGGCUCGAGAAGGAUAGAACAAACCAGGGGAAAAGCGAAAUUGUCCGUGAAGGGUUGGGAGAACAGGAGUUGAACUUGCUCAAGGAGAUCCGUGAGCAGUUGAAUUCUAUACAAGAUAAAAUGAGAUGCAGGAGGAGAAAGAAAGCGCCUCUGCUUGAUGAGACUCCUGUUAAUACAGUAAUGGAGGCUAUGCUGCACUUCUGGCUUUAAUCGGAAAUCAAACUGUGGAUGCCUAUGUCACAGGACAAGAAAAGGAAGAGCCUUUGUUUCAUCUCAGGAUUGAAUUGAUAGAAGAAUUUUGGAGUUUUUUAUAGAGUGGCCAAAUUUUUCGGUUUCGGUCAGUUGCCUCUGUAUAGAUUGUAUACUGUUGCAUCAUGUACAUUACGAGCACUAGCCUGUAAAAAAUAUUGUCGAUUCUUCUGUGGAUUUCUAGUCAAGCUUUCUGUGUUCUAUAAA